AUGAGGUUAGCGAUAUUGGCAAACGUUUUGGCCCUUGUGUCAUUUGCAAGUGCUAUUAUAUUGAGUUUUGAAUCGGGUGAGGACACUCUUUAUCUUAUUGCUGACGAAGGUGCAGUUAAAUUUACUGAAGUAAAAGAAGAUGCUACUGAUUUUACUAUUGAUAUUACCAAGUCGAUUUUGAGUUUUAAUGGUUAUGACUAUGGUCUCGUAGGUUCAGAUACAACUUUAAGUGGAACACAAUACGGAACUGACACUGGUACAUUCGAAUGGAUAUUUACGGCUGGACCUCCACCCACCAUCGAAUUUGGCGAAGAUUUAUACUACUGUUAUAAGACAAGUGAAGCUGAUGCGAUUUUAAGUUCAGCGGAUGUCACCGAAGAGGGCAGUUACACUUGUGGAGAUGCUAUAGUAUUCACAGUUGUAAAUUCAAAUAACGUGAUUGAAACAGCAACCGGUUCUAUUUUGUUGAGUGUCGAAAUUAGUGGUACUGAUUAUUUUGUCUCGGUAUCCGACAAUGUUUUCAAUUUAGUUAAAAAAGGCGACACAGGUGAACCAACCGUAUUCACUCAUGACGCACACGGACAUUUAUUGAAUGAAGAAGGGUUAGCUGUUGGUGUUUCAACUGGUACUCAGAUUGUGUUGGAUACAAUUGAGCACGCAAAUGCGGUAUCUCCCGGUUAUUUUAUCUGGACGUAUGGUGGUAGUUCUCUUGUGUUUGCUAGUACUUUAUACUACUGUGCAAAUGAAGGAGUUUAUACUGUGAGUCUAAUUGAAUUAGGCUGUAGUUCGAUUAAUGCUGGAUUUUCGGUUGUAGAGUAUGUACCAGAACCAGAAUACUUUACAUUGAAAUAUGGCUUGGAAUAUGUCCUGUUUGAUGAAGGUGCUUUCCAAUUUGGAGAGACCGCAACCAUAUUCAGUCUUGACGACGAAGGACAUUUAGUGAUUCAAGGUGACAAUCUUGUUGUUGGUGUUUCAACAGAAAAUGGGUUGGUGGCAAUCGACGAGGACGAAUUAUCUGAUGGUGAUUUUAUCUGGACAUAUUAUGUUGAUGGUACUCUUAGGUUUGAAGUUGAUUUAUGUAUCGAUGGUACGGAUUUGAAGUUUGAUUUACUGUGUAAUAAUAAAAUAGCAGAAUUUUCAGUUGAAGAGGUUGAACACAUACCAGAACCAGAAUACUUUACAUUGAAAUACACACCUGACGGUGGGAGCAACUAUUAUUAUGUCUCGAUUGAUAUUGCUGGUGGCGCAUUCAAAUUAGUUAGCGUGGCAAGUGAGGCAACCACAUUUAUCCUUGACCUGCAUGGGCAUUUAUUGAUUCAAGGUGACAAUCUUGCCAUUGGUGUUUCAGCAGAAAAUGAGUUGGUGGCAACCGACGAGGACAAACUAUCUGAUGGUGAUUUUAUCUGGACAUAUUAUGUUGAUGGAACUAUUAAGUUUGAAGUUGAUUUAUGUAUCGAGGGUACGGAUUUGACGUUUGAUUCACUGUGUGAUGAUACUUCUAUAGCAGAAUUUUCGGUUGAAGCAUUUGAACACAUACCAGAACCAAAAUACUUUACCUUGAAAAGCACGGACGAAGAUUAUAUCUCGAUUGAUAUUGCUGAUGGCAGACUUUAUUUAGUUGACGAGGUAAAUGAAGCAACCAUAUUCACCCAUGACGAGCAAGGACAUUUAUUGAUUGAAGGAUACAAUCUUGCAGUUGGUUUUAUAAAUGAUGACGACUUGGUGAUAAUAGACGAUGACGACCAAAUAUCUGCUGGUUUUAUCUGGACAUAUUAUGUUGAUGGUACUCUUGCGUUUGAAGCUGGUUUAUACUCCUGUCCAGAUUAUAAUAGGUUGAGUAGAUUUAUGAACUACAGGAGUGAGGAAUGUGAAGAGCUUCCACAACCUUUCUCGGUUGAAGAGUAUGUACCAGCACCACAAUACUUUACAUUGAAAUACUAUGAGACACAAACGUCAUAUUUGUAUGUAUCGUUCAAUGGAGAAACCUUCCAAUUAGUUGGCGAUUUAGCGGAAGCAACCAUAUUCACCCAUGAUGUGCACAGACAUUUAUUGAUUUAUAAGGACGGGCUUGCUGUUGGUGUUUCAGAAGGUCAGUUACAAGCAGUAGAAGAGAUUGGAAGUGAUGAUCUGUUUAUCUGGACAUAUGCUUUUGAUGAUGAAACUGGUACUCUUGAGUUUGAACUUGAAUUAUGUAUCGUUAGUUCUGCUUUGACUAUUGCGGAAGGAUGUAGUCGCACGGUAUCACAAUUUCUGGUUGAAGAGUAUGAACCAUUACCCCAACUUCGUAAUUCGGUUGUUUUGAGCUUUGAUAUCGGAUCUGGAGAAGACAUUACAACUUAUUACCUCGCUGCUGAUGAAGAAGGUGUAACUUCAUUGACUACAAAUGGUGAAGAUGCAACUGAAUUUGAUUAUACUUCCCUUACUGGAUUAUUGAGUGCUGGAGAUUUAGUUUUUGGAAUUGCUGCUGGUGGAACAACAUUAAGUGGAACCGAAUCCAAUGAGAUUGACACUGGUGACUUGUUUGUUUGGGCAUUAUUAUCUGAUGAGACUGAAGCUCUUGUAUUAACUGAUGCUACGUUGUUCUACUGUCCAGACACUGGUUUAGCUACUUCUGGUACUGAAACUUGUACACAAAUUGAACAAUUCGAAAUUGGAGAGAAACCAGAACCAGAACCAGGCUCAGGCUCAACAACAGACCCAGUGGUUGUAACCCAAUCUGGAUUUUUGACUGUCGAAAUUACCGCUGGAGAUGCAGAAAGUGUCAUAAUUUAUUAUCUUUCAGUUGUUGAUGGUGAGGUAAGCUUGGUUUCCGAUGGUACAUUAGCAACAGAAUUCAACUAUGAUGGUGCUGCUUACUUGACUACAGGAGAUUAUUAUGUUGGUGUUGCUGAAGAUGGAGACGUAUUAAGUGGUAUUGAAGAGCUAACAGAUUCAGGUGAUUAUACAUGGUCCUACGAUGAAGAGGAAGGAACACUUUCAUUCGCAGUUGAUUUAUUCUAUUGUGGAGAUGCAGAAGCAUUUACUGUCAAUGUUGCCGAAGGGGACAAUUGUUUCGCACUUGAAGGUUUUAAAAUCGAUGAGUCUACAACUGAUACUGGAAUUGAUGACAACACUGAUCCUGACGAUACGACUACAACUGAUACUGGAAUUGAUGACAACACUGAUCCUGACGAUACGAAUACAACUGAUACUGGAAUUGAUGACAACACUGAUCCUGACGAUACGAAUACAACUGGCACUGGAACUGAUGACGAGAAUGAUUCUGACGAUGAAACUACAACUGGCACUGGAACUGAUGACGACAAUGAUUCUGACAAUGCAACUCCAAGUGACAUCGGAGAUGGUGACGACGAUAUUCCUGACACUCCAACAGAAGAACCAAGUACAGAAUCAGGUGAAGUUGAAGAUCCAGAAAUUCAAGAUCCAGAAACUGACCCAGAAAUUGUAGAACCAGAAGUUGUUAUUGCUGAAGAACCAUUUGAAAUUGUUGCUGUUGUUGGUGAUGAGGAAAUUACCUUUGGUUUCAAUGGUACACAUAUUGUACUUGGUGGUGAAGAGGAAGCUUCCUUUAUUAUUGAAGAUGAAGGUGAUGGUUUAGGUCUUCUUACUAUUGGUGAAGGUUUAUAUAUUCACAGAGAUGACGAAACUGGGUUAUUAACUGUAUCAGCUAUUGAAAAUGCUACCCCAGGAUGGUCCAUUCAAGAUAAUGAAAUUCAUUUUGAUCCACCUGUUGCUUCUGAAUUAGUUCGUCGUGAUGUUGUUGUAUUUUCCACUUGUGAAACUGGAGAUGAACCUGCUAUUUAUGCUAAUGCUGUUGGACAAUGUGUUCCAUUGGAAGUUAUUGCUAGUAACAUUGUGAUUGAGGAUGGACCUGUUGAUCCUACUGAUCCUGUUGAUCCUACUGAUCCUAUUGAUCCUAUUGAUCCUAUUGAUCCUAUUGAUCCUAUUGACCCUGUUGAUCCUGUUGACCCUGUUGACCCUGUUGACCCUGUUGAUCCUGUUGACCCUGUUGAUCCUGUUGAUCCUGUUGAUCCUACUGUUGUUGAUCCUGCUGAAGAUGGUGAUGAAGAUGUUGAUCCUGCUGAUCCUGCUGGUACUGUUUCAUCAAGUGAAGGAAGUUCUGUGGUUACAACUAUUACUCAAGACCAAACCUUGACUAUUACUCAAUGUGACGAUGAAACCAUCUGUGAAGUUUUCACUACUGUUGUUAGAACUAUUAUUGAAACUUAUUGUCCAGUUGUUGAACACGAAUUUGUUACUGUUGUGACCCAAACAAUUACUCAAUGUAAAGACAAUAUUUGUGAAGAAGCUUUAGAAGAAGUUACUACUACAUUUACUACAACUACUGUUGAAACUGUUUUUGUUGUUCAACAAACUGCUGCUGCUGGUGCAAACAUUGGAGAAGAUGAAGGAGAAGCAGGUGCUUAUCCAGGUGAUGUUGAAGGUGGAGAUGAAGGAGAAGCAGGUGCUUAUCCAGGUGAUGUUGAAGGUGGAGAUGAAGGAGAAGCAGGUGCUUAUCCAGGUGAUGUUGAAGGUGGAGUUGAAGGAGAAGUAGGUGCUUAUCCAGGUGGUGUUGAUCCAGAAUUACUUAGUGGUAGUGGAAGAAUCUAUUCAUCCAGCUUGAUUGCUCUCUUGGGUAUGAUGAUUCCAUUUGCUAUGUUUUUUUAG